CACUGCUUUCAGUGAGGGUGGGUGCAAAAGAUACAUCAAUGUGAGGUAUCAAACUGAGGCUUUGGUGUUGCUUUUAAGCGGCUACUCAUUUCCUUGAGCCAUAAUAUGGGCUAAAGGUUAACUGACACAUUCUGCGUGGAAGAACAAUUUCUCUUUUUUUGGGGAAGGGAGAAGGAGGGGGAAAGGGCGUUGUUUCAUAUUCCUUCCUACCUAUAGACUCCAUGUGAUGUACAGUGCUGCUCAUGCAGAUUCCCCCCCUCUCCCCCCCACUGGAUUAUUUGCUAAUCAGACUUCAGUGCAGUGGCGAUAAGGGCGAGACUGUUGCCUAGCUAGGAGGCUGUGCCGGCGCCCGAGCCUCGGCGGCAGGAGCGGCGCCGCUCCCGGCGCGCCCAGCCCGGCGUGCCGCGCGUCCAUGGGCCCGGCGCGGCGGAGCUGUCCGAGGUGCUAGGAUGCUGGUUGCAGCCGGAUUGCAGCGGGAGAGGAGCCCCACAGUCCUGCUGGCACCCGAAGGUAGGCUUGCUCUUUGUUUGAGAAUCCCUGAUUAAUCAGCAGCAGCAUCCACGGACCCGGGCAGCUGGAGAGAGCAAGCCUGCCUGUAGUCACGGGGAGAGACAGAGAAGAUGCCACGAGCCAGACUGUUUCAGACCUACUGUAAGUGGCAAUGAGCGAGCAAGCAUCUUUCCUGCUGCAAGAAGCCAUUUGGAUAGGAUAUUUGCUGUUCCUUAUAUUCCUUUCUUUUUGUCUCCACAGAACAUAUUCAAAUGAGGCACCUUAGAAAUCUCAGUGUUAGUGCAUAUGAUGGUGCUGUAAUCGUCUGUGUUGUAAAGUGGGUAAAAAUCAUCCAGUUUCUUCUCUGCUGGACCUCAACGCAGGGUGUUGUUUAUACCCUCCCAUUAUCCGUACCCUCUCCUCUCUGAAUGUGGAUUUAAAGAAGCAAGCACCUGUCUUUUCUUUCCACUUCAUUUUUUAAAGCCAAACUUUCCAUGCCAUUUUAAUCGUAUGUUAAGAAGAUCUGUAACAUACCACAUUGACUUAUAGUGAUGUCGAAUUCUACAAUCUGGGCAAUUCUGCCAACAAGAUUUAAUGCACUUUAAUUGAAGAAAAAACUGAGCCUAACUGAAAAUCUGUUUCUUAUGGUGCUGAAAUAUCCCUUCCGACUGCACUGAGAUAACCACAGGAAAGGGCUUUUACAGGCAAAAGUCACCUUUGAUUAUUGCACUUAGCAGUCCCCGUGGACUUGAAUUUUGGAAACGUUGCUUUCCCUUGUUCAUUAUCUCCUGCAAGAUGAUGAGUUCUAAUCAGGAGGAGGUCACUUUGGGCGCUUUUCUCCAGUAUAUUGAAGAUAUGGGGAUGAAGGCCUAUGAUGGCUUGGUCAUACAGAAUGCAUCAGACAUUGCUCGAGAGAAUGAUCGCAUGAGGAAUGAAACAAACCUGGCUUACUUGAAAGAAAAGAGUGAAAAACGCCGAAAGCAAGAAGAAGCAAUAAAACGCAUAGGUGGAGAAGUAGCAAGAGGAAAUGAAGGCAGCUACGUGGGGAAACAUUUCCGCAUGGGAUUUAUGACAAUGCCUGCUCCUCAGGACAGACUGCCACACCCCUGCUCCAGUGGCUUCACUGUCAGAUCCCAGUCUCUUCAUUCAGUUGGAGGCACUGAUGAUGAAAGCAGCAGCUCCCGAAAGCAGCCGCCUCCAAAACCGAAGCGAGACCCCAACACCAAACUGAGCACCUCGUCUGAAACAGUCAACACUGGAACAACAAGCAAAAGUGGGAAACUACCAGACAGGACUGAAGUGUCAGCCAAACCAAGACCUCACAGUGAUGAGUACACAAAGAAGAUUCCACCUCCUAAGCCGAAACGAAACCCAAACACUCAGCUAAGCACAUCUUUUGAUGAAACAUAUAUCAAAAAGCAUGGCCCUAUGAAGACAAGCCUCACUAGGGAUGCCUCACUCUCGCAGGUCAGCAGCCCUGCUCCAGACACAGAGGAAGAAGAGCCUGUUUAUAUUGAAAUGGUUGGGAAUAUUCUCAGAGACUUCAAAAAAGAUGAGGAUGACCAAAGCGAAGCGGUCUAUGAGGAGAUGAAAUACCCUAUAUUUGAUGACGUAGGCCAAGACUCAAAAUGUCAAUGUGAAUAUGACCAUCACACUUGUUCUUCUCAGUGUGCUACUCCCACAGUGCCUGACCUAGAUUUCACCAAGUCUCCAGUGCCAUCUACUCCCAAGGGCUUGCUUUGUGACAUACCCCCACCAUUUCCAAACCUUCUUUCUCACAGACCUCCACUGCUGGUGUUCCCACCAGCACCAGUGCAGUGUUCCCCCAAUUCUGACGAGUCUCCUCUAACUCCACUAGAGGUCACAAAGCUUCCCGUCCUAGAAAAUGUGUCUUACAUCAAACAACAAGCUGGAGCUUCUCCAUCUUCACUGCCACCUCAUACACCAGGCCAUCAAAAACUGGAGAAAGACCAGACAGUAUCUCAUGGAACUAGCACCCCUGGGCACACCUCCUCACCUCCUCAUCCUUCUACCUUAUACAGAACGCAGUCUCCACACGGUUAUCCUAAAAGUCACUCUGCCUCACCUUCUCCUGUCAGUAUGGGUAGGUCUCUUACCCCCUUAAGCCUCAAAAGACCUCCACCUUAUGACUCUGUACAUUCAGGAAGUCUCUCAAGAAGCUCUCCAUCAGUGCCUCAUUCUACUGCCAGAAACACAUUGCAAGAAGGAGGGAAGAUGGUCAGUGUGUCAGUCAGCACCUACGGGUCAUCCUCGCAGAGCAGUUCCCGCUCUCGCACACCCACCAGUCCUCUGGAGGAGCUAACCAGCCUCUUCACCUCAGGAAGAAGUCUCCUGAGGAAAUCCUCCAGUGGUAGAAGAUCUAAGGAACCUGCAGAAAAACCACUAGAUGAGCUGAAGAUCAGAAGCCACAGCACUGAACCACUACCAAAGCUGGAAAACAAAGAGAGAGGACAUCAUGGGACUUCCUCCAGGGAGCCAGGGAAAGCUCAGGAAUGGGAUGGAACACCAGGCCCCCCCAUGGUGUCCAGCAGGCUGGGGAGAUCCUCUGUCAGCCCAACCAUGCUGGCUGGAGGCAACAGCUCAGAGUCCAAGUCCAGCUGCCGGCUGGGCCGCUCCGCGUCCACGUCGGGAGUGCCUCCUCCAUCAGUGGCGCCACUCAGGCAGCCCGGCGAGCUCCAGCCCAGCCAGGUGACGUGCAUGCAGUGGUUGCAAGGGGACCAUACCAUGCUGGACAUGAUUGAAAAAAAGCGUUGCCUCUGCAAAGAGAUCAAAGCUCGACAGAAAUCAGAGAAAGGACUCUGCAAACAGGACAGCAUGCCUAUUUUGCCAAGUUGGAAAAAGAAUGCUGGGACCAAGAAAUACAGUCCUCCUCCUUAUUCCAAACAACAAACUGUUUUCUGGGACACUGCAAUUUGACAGGCCUGUGGAGGAUGCCCUCUCCACUAUGUGGCACCAAGCACAGGUAGCCUGCUUUCUUUAAAAGGCAAAGGCUCUAACCUAAGACUUACCUGCAGGUGGUGAACUUCCUAGGAAAAAACACACCAGUACAGUGCUCACCUGCCAAUCAAGAGAGAGAUUUAAGUUUCCAACUGGAUUAAGGCAUACAUAUUCAUCCAGGAUUUUUUUGGAUCCAGAAGAUAUCAAAAUGUAAAUAUUUCACCAAUAUAUUGAAAACACCCAAGCUAACACACUGUUUAAAUAUAUAAAUAUAUAUAUAUAAAUUCAAAAAUUUAUGGAGAAUUUUACUAUAUAAUGUUACUGUUAUACCGUUUUAUUACCUAUUUUCUAUGUUCUAUUCUACUGUUCAGCCCCGCCCCUGCCGCCACUGUUUUAUUUCUCUGACCUGCCUAGAUGUGGCCUCUGUACAAAAGCAUGUGGUUGUACGUGUUGUUGGAGAGGACAAUGUACAAAACAACUUGGUGCUAGGGCUGUAGAAGAUAACUAGAGUCGUACCUGU